AUGUCGUCAAGCAAACAACAUCAAAGUGAUAAACCAGCCACAAAACUCCCACCUCGUCGUCGCGAGAAUGAGACUGGAGAGGAAUUCCGAACUAGAUAUUCAGGAAACGAAAGAGAAGAAACGCAAGACUCGAGGGAACGCGAAGACCUACUAUAUGAUCAGUAUAUUAGGACUGGUGGAAUUGGGAGCAGAGAAGUAUUUUCACGCAGAAGGUAUACAGGCACUGUACCUCCUGUUCCUAUCUUUGGCCAGAACGACAGUCAGCAAACGGAUAAUUCCAGACCAUCUGAAACUCCACAGGCUAGGGAACCAAGCGCACAGAAUGAAACUGAAACUGUAUUGCAGAGUAUAUACUUCAUAUUCCUCUCAUCUAACUCAUACUGAUUAAAAUACAACAGUACUUCCUCCUUAUUAUUCUCCUGAUCGCCCAUUAGCACCUGUUAUCAUAACUUCAAAGAGUGGAUAUGUGAUGGAGCGUAUGUACUUCAUAUUCCCCUCAUAUAACUAUUACUGAUUAAAACACAACAGCACUUCCUCCUUAUAAUUCCCGGCCUUCCGAAACUUCACAGGCUGGUGAGCCAAGCCCACAGAGUAUAUACUUCAAAUUGCUCUCAUCUAACUUUUACUGACCAAAACACAACAGCGAUUCCUCCUGAUAAUUUCACUCAGUACGGGUCACCUUCCAAUACUAUGAGAGGAAUAGCGAGAGAGAGUCCUCCGAACAGUAAUUUAAUUCCGCAAAUCAAGAUUGGUACGACGCAACAUACAAGUGGAAAUGAUCGAUGGGAGAAAGAGAGGAAGUCCGGUGGACAUGAAAUUAGGAGUGGAAUGGGAAAGGUCUUUGGGAACAUUCUUCAACAGGAUGGAGGCAGCUCGAGCGGAAAAGGGAAAUAA